AUGGCAGUGCAGCUCGACGCCUGGCUCGAGGAUACAUUUGCCACGCAGCUGCUGCUGGGCCACCACUGGCUCAAGGAGAGGCACGCGAAGAAGGCGGCGGGCGUCAAGGCGGAGCGCGAGAGGGCCUGGGACGGUCUCUAUCACGACAACGGCUCGUGCCUCGACGUCACCAACUACAUUCACCCCGAGCGCAACAGCGCAUUGCAGCUGCUCCAGGCAUGUGCCACCCACCACCACGUCGUCGCCCACCUCACGCCCGACUGCAUCCGCGCCUUUACAGCCCGCUACCCCGCCGUGUCCUGCCUCGACCCAGGCAUCGUCAUUGCCGUCCGCAGGUACACGAUCCGCUACACUUCGUAUGGCCCGCCGCGCCACAGACUGCGCUUCUUGCUGCACCGCAUAGACUGGGUCGGCACCGGCCGUCACCACGCCUCCAGCACGCAAUUCGCAUCCAUAGCCCACAGCACCGCAAUUAGCCCGCUGCUGCAACAGUUACACGAGACGCGUGCACGCGAAGACCGCCGAUGCCUGUCGGGCGGCGAGGCACAAGACGACGACGACGCGAUGCCUGGUACCAUGGACGAGAGUCACGAUGCGUCAGACAGUGACACCAGUACCGCCUCUCAGAUGCCCUACACUCAGCCGGCCUUUGGCACACAGAUACCACACCUGGCCCGAGCGCGCUCCGACCUAGACGAACCACAGCUCCUAGGAGUCACCCCGCUCGAACCCGUCCUCGCUGGCAAUACCCAGCGAGUCGAAAUCCGGCCAGUCCAAAACAGCGCCAUGUAUGAGAAGCUGACGACCCUACUUGGACCACGGCAGAAACCAAAGCCAACCACCCCGAGCGCAUCCUCCGCACUGGGCUUUGUACAGAGCGCUUUUGCCAGACCGAAAAGUGCCCAUAGCGCUGCUGAACCUGCAGAGCAGGCGACAGAGUCACCCAGUCGCUCCGGAACACAUCAUGAAAACGCACGAGGCGCGCUUGCCUCACCCAAGCCGAGCGGGCAUCCCAGCAAAGAGGUUCCGUCGCCCUUGGUCAGAGAUGGAGAUGCCGCUCUUGGAGCAGGUGAUAGUGAAGCCAACGUCGUUCCUGCAGACGACACUGCCGUGGCCCCAGAAUGCUCUUGGAUGAAAGGCUUCAUCUUCAACAGCGAGGCCCUGAAAGUACCCAGGCUUCAAGAGGAAUGCUUGAAUAAGGAAUCGAGUUGGUUGAAGCCUCAACCGGGCUGCCCGCCAUUUCAAGAUGGAAACAUGCCACAACUAAUUCUUCAAACACUUCACAGGAUGGCGGAUGAGUUGGCGACAGAGGACCAUGCAAUUAGCGAAGACGGAUCCGACGUCGACCCAUCGCCUGAUAGCCUACCGGAAGGCAUCAAUCUCUCCGCAGAGUCUGUACCUCAAACCACUCAAGAUGACGAUGCUUCCAGUGGCGUUCUUUCUUGGGAUGCCAGCCCAGAGCCACCGCAGAGGCCCACAAACCCUGGUCAAGGCCUGCCUCCAAACUCAAGUGCUGAAACCCAGGCGUUAGGUGCAGGGCAAUCCAAAACAAAGUCAUCAUCGCUCGGCAAACAGCUACAGCAUCCUGAUGUCAUUGAUAUAAGUGAUGAUGAACCUAUUGAGAUCAAGUCAUCCCCGCCAGCUGUUCAAGCGCCCAUGGACUCAGAUGUUGAGAUGGAGAUGGAGGAGUCAAUACCACAAGCGUUGGGUGAGGACCUUGCAGAAAGUGCCAGCCCAUCCAUGAAAAAACCAGCCAUUUCCAGCUCUGGACAAACACAACCACAGUCGGUUGUUCAGGUAGAGGAAACACCAGAUGGCAAAGGUAAAACUGCCAACUACAUACAGGAUGCCACACUUAGCAAAUCCAAUCCAGAGCAAGCGCAAAACUCCAGUGGUGAAUCUAAACACACAUCAUCUACAUCAAUCAUCUACAGUACGUACGAUGUGCCCGACGCUCCAAGCUCUGCAGAGCCUGCGCAGAGACAAAUACAGACAAACGUCAAAUUAGAAGAAAGAAGCCCUCGAAAACAGCGAGAAGAAAGACCUGCCAGAGAUGCUGCAGGCUCGGUUGAGCACAUGCCAGAAAACUCGCAGGUGCUCGAUGAGCCUUGUAAUGUGGAGAACACAGCCGAUGAGGUAUCAGAGGCAUUAUCCAUCGAGGCUACUAUUCCAUCUGCUGCAACUCCGCAGCGGGUGGUAUCGCAACCUAAGGAAACUAAUCCAGAGACACCUUCGGCCAUGCCACACACCGUAUCAGGAUCAGUUAAACGUAAACUCGAGAUUUCGCCAGCUAAGAGCAACCGAAGGCAUUCCAAGCGACGCGAGAUCAAGAUUGUGGGCUUCGGAGACGUCUCGCCUGUCACGAUUGACCCAGUCGCCAAGUUGCGUGGGGAGCGUGAAGAAUCUCUGCGCAGAUUUCGGGGGCAGAGGAAUUCAAGCAUAAGUUCCGAAAAUCUACAUGAGCCAACAAGAACGUCUACAGCGGCGCGGGGUCCGGAUGCCAUGGAUAUCGACAGCACUGAUACCCCUCGUGAUAGAAUAGCAUCAGUCGCCAGGUCACCCCGACACCAGAGCCUGUAUGACGAACCAAGUCCUGGACCUGCGCAGUCCGCACAGCCUCGCCAAUCACAGCCGGCCCAAAGACAGGUUCAGUCGAGAGAUGUGCAAUCUCCCAAAGCGAACAAUGCGACUGAAAACGUUCAGACAGUCUUCCAAUCCUUCAAAGCCGCAUAUCCAGAAUACAAGGGCGAUACGAAUCAUUUCCACAAUCAAUGCAAGCAAAUGUACCUAUUGGAUCUGGAAGACAAGAUGGUACCAAAAUGGCAAUGGGACGACUUCAUCAUUCGCAACAGAACAGACUACCGGGACCACGCCCUGGAGUGUCUAGACCGCGGAGAAAAUGCCGAACCCUACUAUCGCUUCUACAAGGACAGCAUCCGCGAUACUUUGUACCGCAAGGGCAUUAUUCAAGGCCCAGAGACUUUGGAAACGGCAUUAGGAGAAGUCGGCAUGGCAAUCGAAGACCUUACUUUAACUGAACCACCAAGAACCCAACUUCCCUCUCGAAAAUCCCUUCCCAGCUCCUUCAAUCAGGUCAGGAAACCCUAUUACGACAACAUCGCAGCAUCGCAUACCCGGCCCCGUCAAUCGCUACCCUCAAGCUCGCACUCCCACAACCACAAUCGUCACCAGCAACUUCCGUCCUCGGUGUCAAGAUACGCCCCUCUACGGCAACAACAACAACAACCCUUUACAUCCUCGCGCGACCCCAGUCCAGCGCCUCAACCCCCAGCACGAGAAUCCACCGGCGACCCCUUCCGCGACUUCUACUUCGGACUCCAACGCAGCACCUCCUGGACCGGCAGUACCAAAAUCGAUCCUACUUUGUCUUGGCCCACCAAUCUGCAUGUCAGACCUAAUAUCGAGGAUGUGCCUAGGAAGAAAGUUGAUGUUUUGCUGUGGGGCGAUGUCCUUGGUGAGCCGUCAUCCCCCGGGAUGAAGUAGAGCAGAAGUCAUCGUUGGGGUUGGGGUUGGAGUUGGUGUUUGAGCAGGAGGAUCGAGGAGAGUCAUUGCUUUUUUUCCGCAUGGUAUGCGAAGGGCAAUGCCGGAUACUGGUUUGGGAUUUAGGUUUGGAAUUCGCGAUUUGGAUAUGCAUAUGGAUAACGCGAUUUUCGCCAUUUUAAAGCAUGUUUCUUCUUCUUCUCCUUCUCCUUCUCCUUCUUCUUCUCCUUCUUCUUCUUCUCCUUCAUCUACGCAACUACUUAAGCGCAGAGUCCACAAGUAAUUUGCUGCAUCUUUGAUUUUUCUCACUACCAAAUCCCGUGGCCAUAUCAUCCACGGAAUUAGAUACUCUGAUACUGAUAUC